GAGCCCACGUCCGAGCCUUCGCCAGAGGACGGCGUCCAGGCGAAGUCCGGAAGUCCGAGGUGGGGCGUUUGGGAGGAAGAGGCAGAAGAGGAGGUAGAGGAGGAGCAGUCAGAAGAGGCAGAGGAGGCAGAGGAGGAGGAGGAGGAGGAGGAGGAAGAAGCUGACGGCUCCGAUGGUAGCAGAGCGAGCUCGGAAGACUUGGGCAGCGAGGCGGGCCUGGUCCGGGACUUGAGUCAGGCGAUGGCAGGCGACGCAGAGCACCGUGGUUCAGAGUCCCACAAGGAACGCGCCAGGGAUCCGCUCGAAGA